AUGACACAAUCUCGUAAGGAAAAAUCCAUAAAAGAUACACAUAAACUUGAACAAUGGGAAAAUGAUAUUGAAAUGAACGGACCUUAUCCCGAGAGUAGAGAAGAUCCAAAAAAUUGGUCAUGGAAAGAACUCGGUAAUGAACAACAUGAAGAAAUUAAUGCACCAGAUGAAAUCUUGCCAACUUUGGCACCACAAGAUUCAACGCCAAUAGAAGAAAGAUAUAACGUUAAAAAAAUAGAUGAAAUCAUGACUAAAAUUGCAACUGAUCCAAUUGAUAACCGAGAAGAUAAAAAUCAAAAAGGAAAGAAGGAGCCCAUUUUUGUUGAAAAAAAUGAAAGUGGUGUUGCAGAGCUAAUUUAA